AUGGUCGUUCUAACAAAGACUGGAAAAGGGGCUAUGGACAACUUGGUGGCUGAGAUUUCCAGGAACAAGAGGAUCCCCGGAUUUCUGUUCGGUGCAACUUCUGCCACUGAGGAGAUUUAUCUGAAGCCCAGCGGAUACAACAUCGUCAAUGACCCUGCGAGUGGCUUGAUCAAUGAAGAUAGCACUUUUGCGUUAUGUGGUCAAGGGAAGAUAAUUACUCACCUUGCAGCUCUUCAACUGGUUGAAAGGGGCCUAGUUACACUUGAAACUCCCAUUUCGGACUACAUUCCAGAAUUCGCCGAUCUAGUUGUUCUUGAUGAUCAACUUGCUGAUGUAUUCACCUUCAAACCUGCGAAGACAAUUAUGCGGCUCAAACAUGUCCUUAACUUCACCAGUGGGAUGUUCUAUCCUUUGAAGGGAUUUUCACUUGCUCAGCAGCCCGAAGCAUAUAUUGCUCCUUAUACCAAAGAUGACCCGAUAUCACAGUUUCUUUCUUUCAUCAAGGGUGAUUUACCUGGGAUCCCCCUUCUUUUCGAGCCUGGAGAAAACUACGUGCAUGGAUGGAGCUCUGAUAUUGCAGGAUUUCUCGUUGAAAAGAUCACUGGACAAACUCUAGAAGAAUACUUACAGGAGAAUAUUUUUAAACCCUUGAACAUGAAAGCGUCCUUUUACCUUACGCCAGACAUCAAAGAUAGGCUCGUUGACAUGACCUUCCGUCGUAAUGAUAUUUUAGAGGCUUGGGCUGCCGGGGCCGCGACCAAUCCAAUUCUUACAUCUAAAACUGUAGAGCAGCUCUUUGAACCGGUUCUUAAUGAACAAGGCUCUAAAUCCCUAGAUCGAUUUUUAACCAUGGAUCCUUUCACCCCUGCAACUCAUACACAAUGGAGCGUAGGAGGAUUUGCUCUGUCCGGUUCGGAUUUACCGGGUAGGCGGAAGAAGGGCUCAGGAUUUUGGAUAGGAUGGGCGCAUACCCUUUUCUUGAUAGACCCGGCGUCUGGAAUUGCCACCGUUUUUGGAGCACAAAUUAUGCCAGCUGGAGAUCGGGAGAUUUUUGAAGUGGUAGCAGAGCUUGAGGAGGCAUUAUAUGCAGGAUUGUCCUCUGAAGCGUAA